UCCCUCGCCUUUGAGAGAGCCAGACAGAUAGACAGGCAGCAGCACACCACCAACGACGAGCUGGAGAAGACGUGGUGCAUCGCCAAGCCGUCGGCGUCGAACGAGAUCCUGGCGCAGAACCUGGACUACGAGUGCUCCGAGGUGAGCUGCGCCGUGAUCCAGAAGGGUGGGCCGUGCUACUACCCGGACAGCCCUGUGUCCCGCGCCGCCGUCGCCAUGAACCUGUACUACGCCUACAGCGGCAGGCACCCCCUGGAACUGCUGCUUCAACAACUCCGCGCUCGUCGUGCAGUCCGACCCAAGUAGGAUCUUCCUGGUAUCUUUCCUGUUUGCAGACUUGUUCUUUAAUGAGUGGGGCUGCGCAUGGACUUUGAUUGUUUUUUUUCUUUUUAGUUCUGCGGAGGUGGGAUGAAUGGUCUGGACGGCUCAUCGGGCUUGCUGGGUUCAUUGAGCGGGCACGACACUUGGAGCAGCAAAACGCAAACCUUACAUAAUUCUUGUUCCUUGAUGUGCCAUUUCUUUUGAAUCAUUAAUAACAUGAUUGUUUGUUCUGGUGAUUGUUCUCUAUGAUGUUGAUAAAGUCAGCCAAAACAACCAGCGCCUGAUAAAAUGGAUAAUAGAUUCCUCCUCUGAUGCAUGCAAGAUAAUAAUGACUUGCCAGGAUGAAUCUAAUCUCCUAGAUUCUAUAAAGAGUCGUUGCAAGAUUAUUUCAAUUGGUGUGCCCAGUACACGUGAGGUGAGUUC